ACAGAAUGACCUGAAAAGUAGAGAGAAAAAACAAAUGCAUCCUCCUCCUCCGACAUCAAUUUCUCUUUUGGCGAGGAAAAAUGAGCGUCAUCGACAUCCUCUCCCGAGUCAACUCAAUAUGCAGGAAAUACGACAAGUAUGAUAUCGAGAAGCAGCGCGAACUCAAUGCCUUCGGCGACGAUGCCUUCGCUCGCCUCUACGCCCAUGUCGAAGACGAAAUCCAAGCCCUUCUCCUGAAAGCGGAGAAGUCUGCGAUGGAAAGUAAUAGGGCUGCUGCGGUGGCCACUAAUGUGGAGAUUCGUCGGACUAAGGCCCGAUUGAUGGAAGAACUUCCUAAGCUGCGUAAAUUGGCUCAGAAGAAGGUUAAAGGGUUGUCCAAAGAAGAACUAGAAACACGUAAUGAGCUGGUUCUUGCAUUGCCAGAGAGGAUUCAAGAAAUACCAGAUGGGACAGAAACUGCUCCCAAAAAAGCUGGAAUUUGGGCACCUUCCGCCUCUCAUAAAAAUAUCAAGUUUGACUCAUCAGAUGGAAAUUUUGAGAGUGAGUUUUUUCAGCAAACUGAAGAGUCAAAUCAAUUUCGGCAAGAGUAUGAAAUGCGGAAGAAGAGACAGGAUGAAGGUCUAGAUAUCAUAUCAGAAGGAUUGGGUACGUUGAAAAAUUUGGCCGAAGAUAUGAAUGAGGAAAUGGACCGACAGGUCCCGUUAAUUGAUGAGAUAGAUACAAAGGUGGAUAAGGUCACAUCUGACAUAAAAUCUAAUAAUGUGAGGCUCAAGGAAAAUCUUUACAAGAUGAGAUCGAGCCGAAAUUUCUGCAUUGACAUUAUUCUGCUGUGUAUAAUACUGGGAAUUGCCUUAUAUUUAUACAAUUUACUAAGAUGAAGUUACUUAUAAAAUGCUAUAGCGGCUUCUUGGACCAUAUCCAGUUGUGAGGACACUCAGAUUCCUGCAAAGUACCUACCAAGGAUGGCCAUUUCAUUGAGUUCUUCAUAGUCAGUAGUAUCUAUUGGAUUAGCUUCGAGAAUAUUAUUUUGAGAGUGAUUGUGGUUGUAGCUGUUGAUAUAGUUUUCUUCCAGUCUCUUGCUAGGAAGAAGAUCCUCAUCACUGUUCUUGCUUGCUAGAUUAUUGUCGAGUCGAAAGGGAUUUUCUU